AUGGUUCGAUUUAUCAAGACGAUGAAGAAUCCGGAUGGAAGCGAGGUACACGAGCGGCAGAAGAUGAUCGAGAUUGCGAAUCUCAUUUUGGCUGGAGGAGAUACAACUGCUAUCUCAUUGCGGGCGAUCAUCUACUAUGUAUGCAGCCAUCCACAUGUAUGCGCGAAGCUGCAGCAGGAAAUCGACAAUGCCACGAGGUCGAACAAACUAUCGCCUAUCGUAACCUUUCAGGAGGCCCAGGAACUUUCCUAUUUUCAACUGGUAGUUAAGGAGGCUCUCAGGCUUUACCCAGCCGUGGGAUAUCAGCUUCCUCGGAUUGCCCCGCCAGGAGGGGCUAACAUCGAUGGCGUUUACAUUCCUGCGGGGACCAUCAUGGGCACGAACGGAUGGGCGCUCCAUCGAAACGCGGGGAUCUACGGUUCAGAUUGCGAAGAAUUCCGCCCUGAGCGAUGGCUAAAGAAAACUACGGCUUCGGAUAAGGCAAAGCUGAUGGAGGAGUGCUUGGGAAGCUUCGGUUUCGGCAGCCGGACCUGCCUCGGAAAGAACUUAGCAAUGAUGGAGAUAUCCAGAUUAAUCCCAACACUUUUCCGCGAUUUCAACGUGGAAAUCUGCUAUCCGCAGAACCCGUGGAUAAUCACCACAGGCUGGUUUGCUUUCUCGAGCGAGUUUUUCGUUCGAGUCAGCGCUAGAAAUGGUACAUCUAAUGACCUAGGUUCUAAACAGGCCUGA